AUUAAGGAUCUCCGCAUCACAACACAACCAAGCAUAUAUUCAUUCUAUCCAAUCAUGGCUAAGCUUCUUGCACUCUCUCUUUUUCUACUUUUAAGUAGCUGUUUUGCUAUCAGAGAGCAUCAGCCUCAUCAAAAGCAGCAGCCUCAACAAAAUGAAUGCCAGCUAGAGCAGCUGAAUGCCCUUGAACCUGAUAACCGUAUAGAGUCAGAAGGUGGCAUUAUUGAGACUUGGAAUCCAAACAACAGGCAAUUCAGAUGUGCAGGUGUGGCCCUCUCUCGUUGUACCCUUCAACGCAAUUCUCUCCGCAGACCAUCCUACUCCAAUGCUCCUCAAGAAAUUUUCAUCCAACAAGGUAGUGGAUAUUUUGGCAUGGUAUUCCCGGGUUGUCCUGAGACUUUUGAGGAGCCACAGGAAUCUGAACAGAGAGAGAGUCGCAGGUUCAGGGAAUCUGAACAGAGAGAGAGUCGCAGGAUUAGGGAAUCUGAACAAGGAGAGAGUCGCAGGUUCAGGGAAUCUGAACAAGGAGAAGGACGCAGGUUCAGAGACAGUCACCAAAAGGUUAACCGCUUCAGAGAGGGUGAUCUCAUUGCAGUUCCUACCGGUACUGUAUUUUGGAUGUACAAUGACCAGGACACUCCAGUCAUUGCCGUUUCUCUUAUUGACACUGGCAGCUUCCAAAAUCAACUUGAUGAGAUGCCUAGGAGAUUCUAUCUUGCUGGGAACCAAGAGCAAGAGUUUUUACAAUAUCAGCAACAACAAGUGAGAGGAAGGGGAGAACAAAGGAGAGGAAGGGAACAACAAGAAAAUGAAGGAGGCAACAUUUUCAGUGGCUUCAAGAGGGAUUUCUUGGAAGAUGCAUUGAACGUGAACAGGCAUAUAGUUGAAAAACUUCAAGGCAGGAAUGAAGACCAGGAGAAGGGAGCCAUUGUCAAAGUGGAAGGAGGACUCAGCAUCAUGAGCCCUCCAGAGAGACAACAACGCCACCCCAGCAGACAAGAUGAAGAAGAUGAAGAUGAAGAGGAUGAGUGGAGGCCACAUCAUCAGAAAAGCAGAAGAGAAAGAGAAAGGCACAACGGUCUUGCGGAAACAAUUUGCACUGCCAGGCUUCACCAGAACAUGGUCUCAUCUUCAUCACCUGACAUCUACAACCCUCAAGCUGGUAGAAUCAAAACUAUCACCAGCUUCGACCUCCCAGCUCUCAGGUGGCUAAGACUCAGUGCUGAGCAUGGAACUCUCCACAGAAAUGCUAUGUUCGUUCCACACUACAAUCUCAAUGCAAACAGCAUAAUAUUGGCAUUGAAUGGACGUGCAAGGCUACAAGUAGUGAACUGCAAUGGCAACACUGUGUUCGAUGAGGAACUAGAAGCUGGCCGUGCAUUGAUCGUGCCACAAAACUUUGCUGUUGCAGCAAAAUCAGUGAGCGACAGGUUCACUUAUGUUUCAUUCAAGACCAAUGAUAAUGCCGCAAUUGCCAGGCUUGCAGGGACACAAUCCACUCUAAGUGGUAUGCCAGUGGAUGUGCUUGCAGCUACAUUCAACAUGGACAGGAAUGAGGCAAGGCAGCUCAAAAACAACAAUCUCUUUAAAUUUCUAGUUCCACCCCGUGAGUCCGAACGCAGAGCUGCAGCUUAGAAACAAACACCGUUUCUAAGGCUUUUUGCAUGCUGAGACAUGUAUCCCACACAAGUGGUUAAUAAUAAUGAAUAAAAAAACAAAGGCUUAGAUGCCUUUUGAAGUUAUGUAUGUGUAAGUACUGUAUCUGAGUCAUGAACCUUUUUCGGAAAUGAAUAAAGUACAAGUUAAAUUAA